CCAAGAUCCAUCCAUUGAACAUCUUCUUAGGAAAAACAGUUCAGCGUUGCUACCUCUAUCAUGCUAUCUGCAAAGAGUCUAUUGAUUGCUGCCUACUUAGGCUUAGCCGCCGCCCAAUGCGGGCCUUCUGGCGCACACAUCCAGUCAGGCACUGAGCAAUGCACAUGCUCGAGCGGCGUGGUCACAUGCGAGGCUUUCAAAAUCUGCGGCGUUGGUAACAACGAUGCCGACGUCCAGGUGCAAGCCGAUUGUACCGCCACCGUCACUUGCACUAAUAAAGGCGGUAAUACAGUCGAUGUUAAGACCAAAGUCGUCCCACAGUCUUCCAAAAUUACCCAUGCAAAUGCCAGAAAUGGAUGUGUGAACAUCCCUUCGAUCCAACUUACGGAGCCAUCGAAUAGUGAUUUUGAGAAGGCUGCGACAUGUCCGAACCCGAACUGGACCAAGGCUGUGAAAACGGGAAGCGUUAGUUGCAGUGUUAAAGAAAUUGUGACUUUCUCAACUAUUUGCGGAACGACCCCAUUUGUCACCAUACCAGGCACAGGCUGUUAACCCCC